UAAUUGGCCUGUAGGAACAUUCACAUUUAAAAAGGCGCCUACUACCUUUUGGCCAUCUGUCAUUUCCAUGUUCCGAAGAUACUAUAGCUAUCAACCCGGUGUGUCGGAUGCUCAAGGUGACGCAGUUGUGAAACUGCACGUAUCCCGUACAAUGACUCAGACUCUGUAUGAGGAGAGGAAUCGGGCUAUGAUACGUGCAGAACGAAACAACACAACACUUCAGGAACAGUGCCCAACAUACUUCAACGAAAAUGUGUGGAGGUCGUUCUGUUCUCAUUGGCGCAACAGAUCCUUUAAGAAGAAGUCUGCCAUUAAUGCAGAGAAUAGGAGAAAGCUUCAAGUGGUCCACACAACCGGGGCAAAGCCGUUCUAUAAGUUUAAACAAGAUCUGGAUCAGAAGUACAGUGAGUCUCCUACGGUUGUGCAAUACUGGGAUGAGACACACAAGAGCAAAAACACAGAGGAGUGGGCGUCUGAGAGGGCCCGGUUGAUUGGGAAUCAGAUGCGAGAGAUAUUGGCAACAAAAGAAGCCUCGGGGGAAGCAUCUCAUGAUUGGAAAACUGAAAUUUCAGCAUUAGUCGAAGCCCAAGGAUCGAUCAAGAAAAACAGGGUCCUCGGUCUUCCUCAAGUUCCAGCAAAUUCAGUUAUCCGGGCUCUCCAGGAUAGGCAGAGCCAGAGUGGUGCUGGGAGUUCCAGAUCCGGUUCCGGGAUCCCUGACGAAAGCUUCGACUUUCCUUGA